AUGGAAUUAGAGCAUACGAAGAGGAAUGGCACCGGAGAUGAAAGAUUCUCCAAGGAAGAAUUCCUGGUCAAUGUACCCAACAUCAAAGCCAAAGUUGCGUGCCGUUGGAGAUUUUCUGAGCCAGAGACAGAGGCGGACACGCAGUACUUCCGCUCACUCAACCUGCUAAUGGAAGUCGUUCCUACCAGCAAGCCAUGCGAGGACGACAAUAAUGGAAACCCGAUACCAUAUGCCACUGACACUGCUCUGGAGAACCUUGUCCAAGCAUGCUGCGCAGCUGAAGCGACCAAUCAAACCGAGCUAGCAGCAAAGGUGAUACUUGUGCCUCGAAAGGGCUAUCUGUGCAGAAGCGAUAUUCUGGAAGUGCGGAUGCGACAUUCCGCAUACGUUUGUUCAAUUAUUCGAUUCCCAACUCCCAACGGUUGCUUUUCACCAGUUCAAGGCCAGGGGGAAGGGAGUCUACUUUCUCUAUUGUCCUCAGCUCCUGGAGCAUUGCUUGUGAAAGAGCCACUAGCGUCAGAUCAUGAUGCAUUCACGUUGCUGGAGAGAGAGUUAAGGGUCCGUUUAUCUUUCGACUGGGUACUGCCAAACAAACCGGCCGCACGUAAAAUAGCUUUGAUAGGAGGGCGCCCCGAUUUCUAUAUCCAGAAAGGAUCAUUCGGACAUCAAGGCACUUUCGAAGCGGCCCUGGCACUGGGUAUAUCAGUAGUUGUGGUCGACCGCCCAGGACAUUGGCUCGAAGGAGAAAAAUACUCUUAUCUGAGAGAUGACUUCGUUGCUAUUGAUGGCACCGACGAUGCAAAUCUGCCAUCGAGGAUUUCCGAAGCGCUUGAAGGCAAAGGUAUCCAUGGCAUUGUUACUUUAUCGGAUGAAUUUGUGAUCGCAACCGCAAAAGCAGCGGAAAUCAUGGGGCUUCCAGCUGAACCCGUAUCAGCAAUCAUGAAAGCCCACAACAAGUACGAGACACGCAAGCUAUUUGAGUCUAAUACCCAAACGCUGCGACUCAACAGCACAAAACAGCUUGACGACCCUGAGCCUUCUAUGGCCGAAGCCCUCAGAAAGAUGCAGUAUCCCUUGGUGGUUAAACCAUGUCGGAGCGGUGGCUCGCGCGGAGUUAAGAAGGUUAAUGACUAUUCGAGCAUGCGUCUGGCCAUACAGCAACUCGAAGAAACCGGCUUUGCAAAGUAUGGUGUUCUCCUUGAAACAUAUGUCGAUGGCCCCGAGGUAGAUGCCAAUUUGGUCCUCUGGGAGGGAGAGAUCCUGUUCUGCGAGAUAUCAGACGAUUUCCCGUGCCAGGCAGAUGCAGAAGACGCAACACUUGCGGAGAAUUUUGCUGAAACUGUCAUACUCCUGCCAAGUAGGCUGGAGUCCAAAGAAACAGAGUUAAUUCGGUCAUCUCUGCACCAGAAUCUUCUCCAGCUGGGAUUCCGCUCCGGUGUUUUCCAUCUUGAAGCUCGAGUGCAGAACUCUUCUAUGCGCUAUAAAGAAAUUGAUGGCAUCCUCGAGCUUGCCGACACCGAGGUGACGAUAGGUGAAGUGGAUGUAUUUCUGAUCAAAGUCAACGCUCGGCCACCCGGUCUGCAGUCUGUCUUUGCAACCGCCUAUACGUACGGCGUAGACUUUGGGGCACUUCAGCUACUCCGGGCCCUCGAGGACGGCGAGCGUUUCAAAGCUCUAUCGAAGCCGUUCUCCUGCCAUGCUCAGUACUGUUGUGAGAUUGUUAUGAUUCCCGUUCAUCGUGAAAGCAUCGCAGUUCCGGACGACUUUUGCGAGAUGGUGACCGAACGGCUCCCCGAAAUUGCCCCGUACGUGGCCCGGGCAGAACGGAUUACAUGGGCGAAAGUUGUAUCGCCAGUAGGGGGUACGGGGUUCAUAGCUUAUUUCUUGCUGUAUUCGAGAUCCGACAGAAGGCAGCUGUUGAAAAUGGGCAGCCGUAUUCAAGAGGUUUCCCGAGGGGUGUUGGAUUUCUUUUGUUAA